AUGAAGAUCGACUUGGAGCUAAUUAAACGCAAGAGCGAGCACAACGAGGGGCUGCUCGAGGAGCUGGAGGAAGUCGCCCUGCACCAACUUCAAAUUAAAAAAAUCGAAUUCGUCAACACCCAUUGUAGAAACUUAAAAAUACUGUUGCUCCAGAAUAAUCUGAUUGAGAAGAUAGAGAACCUAAAUCAGCUGAAGAAGCUAGAGUAUCUGAACCUCGCCCUGAACAACAUCACGCUGGUGGAGAACCUGCACGGGUGCGAGUCACUGCGUAAGCUGGACUUGACCCUAAACUUCAUCGACGUAUCAACCAUCGAAGCAUCUGUAACGAACUUGAAGAAGAAUGAAAAUUUGAAGGAGCUGUACCUCAUGGGAAAUCCCUGUGCUAAGUGGAAACAUUUAAAACUGUUCGUGAUUCUACACCUGGGUCAGCUGGAAGUUUUAGACGGAUCGGACAUUCUCACGUCAGAUAGGAUAAUCGCAAGACAGAAAAGGGAAACCGUUUGGAACUCUUUACAAGACGAAUGGAAGAAACAGAAAGAGAAGGGGCUUGGACAGAGUGAGCACUAUGACAGUAUAAAUCAGAGAAAGGAGAUUUACGAAGAGAUAGAACGGGAAGAAGUUCAGAACGGACAGAGGGAUGAGUCGAAGGAGAGGGCCAAGAGGGAAGUGCCGCCUGUGUAUACUGACGACGGGGAGAUUCGCCAGUGCAACGAAGGCCACUACAAGUUCCUUUUCGACGAGUACUCCAGCAACAAGCACACCUUUCUGAAGCUCUUCCUUCCGAAGUACCUCUGUAACUCACUUAUCCAGGUGGACGUAAAUGUUAACUACGUCCGGUGCGUAAUAAAGGAGAAGCUGUUCCAAGUCAAACUGAGCGAUGCCAUUUUAACAGACCUCACUAAAAUAUCGAGAAAAAAAUACACUGGGGAAUUGCAUAUCAAAAUGACGAAGAAAAAUUAUAAAGGAAAUAAAAUUUUUGAAGGGGACCCUAUCAGCGAGGGGGAUGUCCCUUCCCUGGAUUGCCGUUCGUUGUUACCACCGCGUUCGUCUUCCGCAUCGUCCAAUUCUUCCGCGUCGUCCACUUCUUCCACGUCGUCCUUCUUCAAAAAGGAGUACCCAAUUUAUGGAAACAGGCGCAGGCGCGCACCCAAUUCUUCCUUGGCCCUGUCCAGGGAAGCGAAAGGUGAUUUCCUGCUCCAGGCGAAAGAAACCAAGUACUCCUCCUCCGUCAUGAAUGCCAUUCCUUCCCUGGAGAAAAUUCAAAAACGGAGUCUCCCUAACAUGGAAAUGGACCAGCAUCACAAAUGA